AUGUCGCACUCCAAAUCAACAGUCAGGAAGCCAUACAGGCUCGAUGCAGGUGCGCUCGGCUUUCUCCAAGGCCUGACAUUGCACAGCCAAGCUGCAUCGACAUCGACAUCGACAUCCUCUGGAUCGGCAUUGAUCCACUACUUUGGUGGCAUCCCAUACGCACUUCCUCCCGUGGGACCAUACAGGUUUAGACAGGCCAGGAGACUGCCACCUUGCUAUCGUUAUGGCACAGAAGUUAGUCCGGGACGAUUUGAUGCAGGAACAGCUGUAUGCCCGCAACCAUCAUUUCUAGCAGAGAAAGACAAGAGCAGUUGGGAUGAGAAUUGUCUGCAACUCAACAUCUAUAUACCUGCGAGGUCACGCCCGCAAAAAGGCUUUCCCGUGCUCUUCUUUAUCCAUGGCGGCUUCUUACAAUGGGGCGAUCCCAAUAUGGCGCCUGAAUCUUUGGCUCGACUAUUGAGUGAGACUGCUUUCAAUGCCAUCAUUGUAGCUCCAGCAUAUCGUGUUAAUGCUCUUGGCUUCUUGACCAGCCGCGAACUCCAAGCAGAGGCGCAGAUUCUCGGGGAUCCCGUGGGAAAUCAAGGCUUCUGGGAUCAGCGAAUGGCACUCGAGUGGACCUCCCACAAUAUCGAAUACUUUGGAGGCGAUAGCAGCAACAUCACUAUUUCCGGGUACUCGGCUGGCUCGCAUAGCACCUUUCACCAGCUUGCCCACGAGCUCUAUUUUGUGCCGGACUCCCGAGCCAUCAUCAAGAGGGCUAUCAUGUGGUCAAACAGCCCCGGUGUACAGCCGAAGACCAUUGUGGAGCAUCAAAAGCAAUUCGAUGAACUGCUCGAAGCGCUGAACAUUCCACUCUCCUUAUCUGCGAGCGAAAAGCUUCAGCAUUUGAGAUCCACCCCAGCAUCACACUUGAUCGCGGUUCAGGACAAAAUGAAACUAUCCGAGUUCCGCGCACUCUCAGAUGGUCAAUUCGUCUCCAAAGACACAAUAGCGAAUAUUAAUAGUGGCGACUUCGCUCGAAGGAUGAAAGCGCGUGGUAUUAAGUUGAUGAACGGGGAAUGCAGAGACGAGUACUCGCUCUAUCGAGCAUGGAGAACUCCGCCACCUUCGUAUGAGGCAACGUAUACACGGCUUUGCGCAGACUAUCCCGAAAAAGCUGUCUCCAGACUGAUGCACUGUUUCUGCGGCGACCAGAAAGCCCUACCUUACGGCAUGAGAGACUGGCAGGAAGCAUUUGGUAAGCUGUACGCGAAUAUGCAAGUGCAUGAUCUUGAGAGAGGCUUCCAUCGCGCUCUCGUUGAUGGAGGGCUAGAACCGGGGAAAGACCUUCUACGUUACAGGUUUGACUGGCAGACAAAGGCCUCGAAAGAAACACUUCCUCUAGGUUGGGGUGUCACUCACAGCACAGACCAGUGGAUAUGGUGGUGGGGACAAUCCUAUGACCAUGGUCUCACUGAUGAUGAAAAGGCAAUUCUCAAGACUUGGAACCAGAAGUUCGCUGCCUUUGUAGCUGGAGAUGAUCCAGAGUGGGGACCAGCAGACGUCAAGGAAAUGCUACGGCUCAGAUUGGAUGGAAAAACAGAUAUAUGGAUGGACGAUCGAUGGGAAGAGGGCGUCAGAGUUUGGGAUGCCGUCAACAAACCAGGCUCGACGGGGCUAUUGGACUGGAUCAAGUCGAAGCUCUAA